UAUAAGUGAUAUUAUUGAUUAAAAACAAUAUCAGUUUAAUUUUAUUAUUAGAUUUGGACCUUAAUUUAUAUAUUAUUUUACAUUCUGGGUAUAAUAUCGUAAGUUACCUGAGAUACACCACAAUUUAAUAUUGCAUCACAAUAUUAAUUUAAUAAUAAAGUAUAAUAAUGGGUAAAAAAUCAAAGUCUAAAUUGGUUGAAAACGUCAACCAUAGACUCCAACUGGUGAUGAAAUCAGGAAAGGUUUGUUUAGGAUUUAAAUCAACGAAGGCUACAUUGAGAAAUGGGAAAGCUCUUUUGGUCAUAUUGAGUAACAACUGUCCACCCCUGAGAAGAUCUGAAAUCGAGUAUUAUGCAAUGUUGGCCAAAUGCGGAGUCCAUCACUAUACCGGAGAUAAUAAUGACCUGGGAACUGCCUGUGGAAAACACUUUAGAGUAGGAUGUAUGGCUAUUCUAGACGCUGGAGAUUCAGAUAUAGUUCGAAGCGUUGAAUAAUCUUCUAACCUAAUGUUUAUCAGACAA